UAUAUAUUCGGUUUUGUAAACAGCUCACAUAAAUCGUUCUGUUUAUUUCGUUUUUGUGGUCGUUGUGCAGCUGAUUUCCAUACUGCAGAAUUCCAUUAUGGCGCUAAACGGCACCAUAGCCUGCAUUGCUUUGGCUUGUCUUGUUGUGUUCCAGUUAGCUGCUGUCGGUUACGGAAAGGGAGGCGGAAGGGGAAGUGGAAGCCGCCGACCACGGGCUUUUAGCUGCGACUACUAUUCUGACGGAACGCGAACGUGCCGGUACGAUGAUGAUACGUCGGGUUCCAGUAUAGACGGCGUAUGGGAGAACGAAGAUGGAAUAUUUACUGGAUACCUCAACAAAAAUAUGCCAAAGAUCAAGAUCGGUAGCUGCAAUUUUGGGGUGGAAGGUUCAGCUGGCUGCCAAGGCAUGCCAACCACAACGAUCGACUCCCUAGGACGAAUGAGCGGAAAGGGUGGCGGCGUGUUCGUUAUUUCCCAUUACACCGGAAGUAUCAGAGGUCGGAUUCGCGUUGGCGCUAAAGUCGGCGGCCCUGCAAAGGAUGAGUGAACUUCCUCUGACGGAAGUCUGAAAACUAACAUUAAAAACAAACAACCUCUACACAAUCUAUUCUAUACAGAAUAUUAUUAUUGACCUCUUAAUAUGCAAAAACCCGUGUACAAGCUUGCAGUUUUGUACACAGGGAAAAUAUCGGCACUGUGCUUCCGUGGCGCUAACUAUUCACUGACUAUUAUGUGAAAACGCGUUCUGGAGCAUCGUUUCUUCGUUGUUUGAUUGUUAACAACACAUCCUGAAUUUUAAAAUGCAAAAAAUUGAAAAUUCAAAUUCAAAAUGCAAUUUGAAUUUUAAUAAGCUUAUUAAAUUCCACACGGGCACAAA